CCGGUUGAUGUCGAAUAGGAAAGGAAGGUUCGUAAGGCAGAAGAGGGGCCAUUGUGUUGUGCGUUCAUCUUUGUGUUCUUGUGUACUCGUUUAUAACUGUACUUUACAUCAAAAUGUUGAAAGAGUUGGUAAGGGAGCGACUCAUUGCGGCCGCCGACGAAAUCUUUGGGCUGUUUGAAAAAACGAUCGCGUCCUACGAGGAGCAACUUCGUCGCGGGAGAGAGGAGACCGAGCGACACCGACGACAACUGGAAGCCGUUUGCAAGACUCAAGUUGUGAUACGCAUCGAAGAUGUCCAACAGCUGAUUGGUCGUCAGGAAGAACUCCCCCCUCAACCGCAAUGGGGGAGCUCCAGUUUGAAGCAGGAUGACCGACAGGGCCCCCAUGUUAAAGAGGAAGAGGAGGAUCCACAGCCUCCCCACGUUAAAGAGGAAGAGGGGGUGGCUGAUAUCGGCAUGUUGCCACUGACUGGUGGUUCUGCGGAGAGCGAAAACCACGAAGACAAACAACCCGAGUCGUCACAGCUUCAUCAUCACAGCCCAAGUGGAGACCACUGUGGAGGACCACCACCAGACAACCUCUUCGCUCCACUGUCGCACAAUGAUGAUAUUGAAGAACCUUUGAGGAGUGACGCAAACUGCGAAGGUGACGACAAGCAGUUGAAAUCUGCUAAAAAGGAGACAACUAUCGGUAGCAAGCAAAGGUGUAAUAUUAAGGUUACCUGCUCAAUUUGUGGUAAAAGGUUUGGUAAAGCAAAUAAAAUUGGACACAUGAGAACACACACGGGAGAAAAACCCUUUUGUUGCUCAAUUUGCGGUAGAAGAUUCACUUUAAAGCCAAGCAUGAAAACCCACAUGAGAACACACACAGGAGAGAAACCCUUUGAUUGCUCAUUAUGUGGUAAAGCGUUCUCUCAAAAGGAUUACGUGGCAAUACACAUGAGAACACACACAGGAGAAAAACCUUUUAGUUGCUCAGUAUGUGGGAAAAGAUUCAUUUCAAAGCGAAGCAUGGUAGUACACAUGAAAGUACACACAGGAGAAAAACCCUUUCGUUGCUCAGUUUGUGGUAAAGGAUUUGUCCUUAACUCACUGAUGAUUCGACACAUGACAACACACACAGGGGAAAAACCCUUUUGUUGCUCAGUAUGUGGGAAUAAAUUUGUUACAAAGCGAAACAUGUUAACACACAUGAGAACACACACAGGAGAAAAACCCUUUUGUUGCUCAACUUGUGGCCGAACAUUCGCCCAAAAGUCAACUAUGGUAAACCACAUGAGAACACACACAAAAACAGACCUUUAGUCGCUCAGUUCGUGGUGAAAUAUUCUCUAAAAAGGGAGGAAUGGCAUCACACACUUGAGAAGAGACAAAGGAGAAAACCCCUUUCAUUGCUCAUUUUGUGGUAAAACUUUCACUCAUGAGAAAAUUCAGACAUGAAAACCUGUAGUUCAAUUUGUGGUGAAAGCUAUGUUAAUAGGGCAAGUUUGAUACUGUACAUGCAGACACAAAACAGGGAGAAUAAAAAUUUUUCUGAGCACACUAGAAAGUGGUACGUGUGUGGGUGUUGGAUAAAAGAUUCGGUCAUCUGAGUACUUCUAGACAGGUAGUCAAGCAGUCUUUACUUAAAUCAUCUUUAUGUAUCUGUCUUGUGUAUUUUUUUUCGUUGCUUUAUAUGUGCUCCUUUUCCUUGAUUCCUAUAUUUUUGAAUGUGGACUGAUGGAAGUUUUUUUCUCCAAUUUGUCAUUAAUGCGAUAAACAUCCA